CUUUGUUAUCGGCUCGAUAAAGCCUCACUACUGUGAUCGAUCAUGAUGUCCCGCCCGUGCUGCUGCACGCACAACGUGCAAGCUGCUGCACAAGCUUCAAAUGCUGCAGCUGAACACCACCACCACCACCACUACUUCCGUCCGUCGGGCGUCGACGUCUCCGACUUUCCUCCUCCAAACUCCGCUCCAAACCAUCGCAGUCCGUGCCCAGCACUUAAUUCCCUUGCGAACCACGGAUAUCUGCCUCGCGACGGAAAGGAGUUGACCCCACAGUUGAUACGCGAUGCCAUUAUGGACGUAUUCAAUGUAGACGAGGGACUGGCAGAGCGCCUUACUCGCCCGCUGCCGCCUCAGCUGACACUCGCGGACUUGAGUGUCCACGGGUUCAUCGAGCACGACGCAUCGCUGGUGCACGACGAUACGUACGUGAAGAGAGACCCAGCGCAAGUUAAUACCACGCUGGCCGAUAAUGUGUUCGCUAAAAGUGUGGAUGGAAAGCUGAAUAAACACACUAUGGCAAAAGUGAGAAAAGAGAGGGAGACGCAAUGCAAGAAGGAGAACCCGGAGUACGCCCUCCCUGUUAAAGCGCAAGCGACGGCGUACGGGGAAUCUGCGCUGUUGCUGAUUGCAAUGGGGGACUAUGAGUCGAAGACCAUUUCCGUAAACCAUGCCAAGUCGUUCAUGGUGGAUGAGAAGAUCCCAGACGAUUUCCAGCGCAGUGACAAGCCGAUUAGUACCGCGGCAGCGUUCUACCUGGCGGCGCAGAUUAAAUUGCUGGCGUCGUUGGGAUGGGGGUGUUGAGGUGGAGUGAAUGAAAGAGGAGUAGCGAUGCUGCGUGUACGUGUUGCUAAAUUCAACGCAAGAGAUGCAUAUAUAUCUAUUUCACUGCCAUUUAAUCUACUCGAGUGAAUUGAUUAAUUGGUCUUGUUGAUCUGUUUUUUUAAGAUGCAUAUCAACGAAACUUGCCGGUAUUGUAAAUAAUC